AUGGAAAAUAAUGAAAAGGAUGAGAUAGAGUAUGAUGAAACUGUAAGGGAAGAAAUCAAAAGAAUUCUUGGAAAAAGUCACUUAUACUGAAUAAAGCUGGAUUAGACUAAUAAUUUUAAAGGGAAAAAAUAAAAAUUUAUUUAAUUUUGAAGAAUAUAUAUGUGUGCUUUGCAAGCGCAAAAGAGUUAUAUGAGUAUUUGCAAAGAAAAGACAGUGAAAAUGAAGAAGUAUAUGCUGAACAAAUUAUAAAUUAUUUAGAAUUGCUCGUGGAAAUUGAGGAAGUUAUUAAAAGAGAAUUUUUGAAGAAAAAUGAAUUGAUCAGAGAGCUGGAAAACUCGAUUAUCCCAAUUAUUGAUGCAAAUCAUCAUUAUUUAGCAACACUAACUUAUCUAUAGCUCAUGCACCUUAAUAGAUCUCUAUACCCAGCAGAAUACUGACCAGAAAAAAUAUGGUACAGGGCACCUGCCUUAUACAGUAUAAGUCUGAUUAGGUACCUUAAAACCAUAAACGGAGACUUGUCAUUUUCGUUUUUACUUUUCAAAAAGCUGACAAGUACAAAUUAAUUUUUGAAAUUAAAAUGGAUGGCCAAUAAUACUUUUGAUUAUUACUUUUAAAUAAAAUAUUUAAUGUAAUUUUAAAAAUAUUUUAACAAAAUUGUUUUGCAUUAAGAAAAGUAAGUGAAGAAGAAAAAUGGAAAAUAAUAAUUGACAGCUUAAAAGAACUCUCAGGUACCAUUCACUCUCAACAAGAAGAAAAUGACAAUUUAAUUGAAAAAUUCCAGGUUUUAGCAUUCGAAACAAAUCAUAAACAAGAAGAAAACAACAGAAAAUUAGAAUUUACAAUGAAGCUGCUCGAAGAAGAAAACAGAAAAAAUCUGAAGCUGCAGGAAGAAAUAUUUCAAUUAAGAGAAAAUUCUGGGAGCGGGAAAGAAAUUGAUGAAGGAAAAUAUAUUGAGCUAAUAAAAUCCCUUGAAAAUGAAGUUUUUGAAGAAGAAAAUAAAGCUAAAAUUUUUCAAAUGAAAAAUGAAGCACUAAGUAAUGAGAUCAUAAAAAAGGAAGAAAGGAUAAAUGAGCUUGAGCAUGAGCUGAAAGUCAAAAAUAACGAAAAUUUUGAGGCUUUAGAAGUAUAUAAAAAGAAAAAUCAAGUGCUAAAUCAAAUGGUAAAAUCAUAUCAAGACCAAUGAAACUACGAUCAAAAUAUACAAGAAGAGCUCAAUCAGCAUAUAAAUAAGCUGAAAAACGACAUUGAAACUUUUAAAGAUGAAUAUGAGCGCAAAAUUAAUAGCCAACAAGAAGAGAAUGAAAUCUUGAAGGAAAUAAUCAAUAAAUUGCAAAGAAAUUAA